AUGAUUCGGCGUACCUCGAGGGCCUUCGUGCGACGCAGCGUGUUGUGCCUCUCAUCGGCGUCGGCGCCCACAGCGGGCGGCAUCUCCUUCGAGCUGACGCCGCAGCAGCUGGAGGUGCAGGAGGUGGCGCACCGCUUCGCCGCGGAAAAGAUGCUGCCACUCGCUGCCAAGUACGACCAGACGAUGGAGUACCCACACGAGGUGUUCAAGGCGGCGUGGGAGCUGGGGCUCAUCAACAUGCACAUCCCGCAGGAGUACGGCGGCGUCGGCGCCGGCUGUGUGGACGGGCUGCUGGUACACGAGGAGCUGUCGUGGGCCUGCUCCGGUAUGAGCACGGCCUUCGAGGCGAACAGCCUCGCACAGGCCCCGCUCAUCAUCGCUGGCAACGAUGCUCAGAAGCGCAAGUACCUUGGCCGCAUGACGGAGGAGCCGCUCAAGUGCGCGUACUGCGUCACAGAGCCUGGCGCCGGCUCCGACGUUGCGGCGGUGGCGACGUCUGCAACGCGUCGCGGCGACGAGUGGGUGGUGCGCGGGCAGAAGAUGUGGAUCACCAACGGCGGCGUCGCCAACUGGUACUUCCUGCUCGCCAACUCCGCCGAUGGCCCCGUCGGCUUUGUCGUGGAUGCCGACACGCCCGGCAUCACGCCUGGGAAGAAGGAGAUCAACAUGGGCCAGCGCUGCAGUGACACGCGCGGCAUUCUCUUCGAGGACGUCGUUAUUCCCGACGCGAACGUCAUUGGGCGCCCUGGUGAGGGCUUCAAGAUCGCAAUGCGUGCCUUCGACUUUACGCGGCCACCGGUGGCCAUCGGCGCCGUUGGUGUGGCGCGGCGUGCGUUGGAGGAGGCGCGCGACUACGCCAAGCAGCGCAAGACGAUGGGGAAGUGCAUCGCUGACCACCAGGCGAUUGCGUUUAUGCUCGCUGAUAUGGCCGCGGCGAUCGAGGCGGCGCGCCUGCUGGCGUACCGCGCCGGGUGGGAGGUGGACCAAGGGCGGCCGAAUACAUUCUACGCGUCGUCGGCGAAGCUUCUCGCCGCAGAGACGUGUGAGCGGUGCGUGACGAAUGCGGUGCAGAUAUUCGGCGGCAAUGGGUUCAACACCGGCUACCCGGUGGAGAAGUUAUACCGUGACGCAAAGAUAUUCUCCAUCUACGAGGGGACGAGCCAGAUUCAGCGACUCGUCAUCAGUCGACUGGUGCUCGGGAAGCGCUGA